CUCUCAUCAGCACCUCGCCGCGUGUGCAGUGUUGCGCCAAGAACACCCCCGUCCUCCGCGCUCCGCAAGUUUCUCCGAGUCGCGUUGCAGCAGCUCCAUCUCGCGCUUCUUUGUGCAGCCAUCACCCAGGGCCACGCUCGACGCCGCGCCGCCCGCCCAUCGCUCUCGCCUUGCUAUGCUGCGUUGACAGCAUCACGAAUCCCCUACCGCUCGCCCUCCAUCCAUCGACAGCGCCCGACCGCGUCGCGCAGCGCUCGCCAUGUCGGCCGUCUACACCAACGGUGCGAACGGCGCGAACGGCGCAGACAAAAUGUUCCCACCGCCACGCUUCUCGGACGUUCCCAGCGCCAUCACUGUCUCGGUCGCCGAGGCUGGAGACACCAUCGACGUCGAAAUCGCGCUCGACGAGGACAUCCAGGACGAUCCCACGGAGCUGUGUACGCUGCUGGAGACGGAGAACAGCCUGAAGUCGACGUGGGUCCAGGUCGCCGUUGCCUAUGCAAAGCACAAGAAGCUGCAUGUCGCCAUCGACGUGCUGAGCCAGGCCGUCAAUGCCUUCGGCCGCGCGCGUGCCGAGGACCGCCUGAGCAUUCUCAAUGGCCUCUGCUGGCUCUAUCUUCUCAAGUGCCGUGAGGCGCCGCGCCUGAAGCAGGAAUCGUCGGCGGACCCAGACGUCAAGACAAAAGACUUUUACAUGCAGUCAGCCACCAGCGUUCUGAACGAUGCCUCGCGAAUCAGCCCCUCGUACCCGCCGCUCUUCCUCGCUCGCGGUGUCCUCUACCUGCUCCGUGCAUCUCUGCAGGCGCCUGCUACCGCCGCCGGGCCGAACGCGAUCAGCCCAGAACGUAUGGAGACGCUGAAGCAGGCUGCUAAGUGCUUCGAGGAUGCCCUGCGAGCUUCAGGUGGAAGGAACCUCAUGGCGAAGAUGGGCAAAGCGCGUGUGAGCUACUCCAUGGGUAAAUACGCAGAGGCUCUGAAGAUGUACCAGAGCGUCAUGGAGAGUUCGCCCAACUUGAUCGACCCCGAUCCACGCAUCGGUAUUGGCAGCUGCUUCUGGCAACUUGGCUUCAGGGACGAUGCCGCGAGCGCCUGGGAGCGCUCGCUCGAACUGAAUCCGACCUCGAAGAUUGCAACCGUCUUGCUUGGUGUCUACAACUUCCACCUCACAGCCCAGCUGCCUCCUUCAGAUCCUACCUUCGGCAGGCUCGUGAAGAAGGCAUUGAACGAAUACGUCAUGCCUGCGAUGAAGAUGGACAACCAGUUUCCUCUGACAUGUGCGACGCUAGGAAGCUGGUUCAUCGCCAGGAAAGAUUUCAACAAGGUGGAAGCACUUUCGAGGCGCGCCAUCGAAUUGACCGACGUGAACGCUAUUGCCAGUGACGGCUGGUACCAACUUGCGAGGAAGGAACACCACCAAGAGAACUCCGCAAAGGCUGCCGAGUUCUACGCCAAGUCUGACGGCGCUCGUGGAGGCGAUGAACGCGGCUACAUUCCGGCCAAGUUCGGUUUGGCUCAGAUGAACGUCUUGAUGAACAAUUUUGACGGCGCGAAGUUUCGACUCGAGAAGAUCAUCCAGCAACAGCCGACUCUUGAAGCACAGACAUUGUUGGGCACCCUAUAUGCAGAGGAUGUGUUCAAUGCUCAAGCCAACAAAUCUACAGCCGACAAAUCUGCUGAGCUGAAGAAGGCGCUUCGAUACCUCGAAGACGUACAAAAGGCCUGGAAGGACCCCAAGAGGAAGGCCAUACCGGACCAGUCUGUCCUGCUGAACCUUGCCCGACUCUAUGAAUCCGAUCAUCCCGAUCGAAGUCUGAAAUGUCUGGAGGAAGUCGAACAGAUGGAACUGGACGCCAUCCCCGAGGAAGAUUACCCAGAAGGCAUCGAAGACGAGGUCGAACUGAAGGCUGCACUUCGAGAACUCCUUCCUCCACAGCUGCUCAACAACAUGGCAUGCUUCCAUUACCAGGCUGAGCGAUUUGUUCGGUCUAGGGAGUUGUUCCAGGCCGCCCUGAACGCGUGUGUCAAGGCAGCUUCUCGUGAUGAGACGAUUGACACAGAUGCACUGGUCACAUCUAUUAGUUACAAUCUUGGUCGCACGUACGAGUCUGAAGGCAUGCUGGACGAGGCAAAGGGCGUGUAUGAAGGGUUGUUGAAGCGACACAAUGACUAUAUCGAUGCGCGCAUCCGACUUACAUAUAUUUCGCUGCGCCAGAGCCCUGGAGAUGCCGGCCCCAAGGCCCUCAAGCAGCUCUUCAAGGAGAACGAAGAAAAUGUUGAGGUGCGAGCUCUGUUUGCUUGGUACAAGAACAAGUCGAAGCCGAAGACCCUCAACUUCGGAGAGGAUGAGGAGCAGCGGAUACACAAACACACACUGCAACGAUUCGAUAAGCACGACCGAUACUCGCUCAUGGGUAUGGGCAACAUUCAUCUGAGCAUCGCCCGUGAGCUGCCCAGAAGUACUGAACAGGAGAAGGAAAAGCGUCGGAAAGCGUACGAGCGAGCGGUCGAGUUCUUUGACAAAGUAUUACAGCUUGAUCCCAAGAACGCCUACGCAGCUCAAGGUAUUGCAAUUGCCCUGGUCGAAGACAAGAGAGAAUAUGCCAGUGCUCUGCAGAUCUUUAGCAAGGUCAAAGAGACUCUUAGGGAUUACACUGUCUAUGUGAACCUUGGCCAUACAUAUGCCGAGAUCAAGCAGUAUGCUCGUGCUAUCGAGAACUACGAAGCCGCCCUUUCUAAAGACAGGCAAAAUGACCCCAAGAUUCUCGCCUACCUCGGACGCACUUGGUACAUGCGGGCCAAGCACGAGCGCAGUAUCUCAGCCUUCAGAACAGCUCUCGACUACGCGAAGCAGGCCGUCAGAAUCGUCCCUUCGGACCUCGGCUCUCAGUUCAACGUCGCGUUCCUCCAGUUUCAGAUUGCACAAGAAUUGAUUCGCCUGGAGCCGCCUCACAAGACCCUCGAGGAGGUUAAUGAAGCAACUGAGGGUCUGCAAGCUGCUGUUGCAACGCUUGACAAUAUGGCAAAAGCAGAGAACCCUCCAUUCCCACGGAAUGAUCUCGUGUCUCGUGCGAACAUGGGCCGUAACACCAUGGCGACUCAGCUCGAACGAGCACGCGCCAAACAGGUUGCUCAUGAGGACGAGAAUGCAAGCAAGCUUGAACAGGCCCGUAGAUUGCGUGAAGCAGACAUGGCUCGUCGCGAUGAGGAGAAGCGCAGGGUUGAAGAGGCAGCCCUCGAAAAGAAGCGUAAGAUUUUGGAAGAGCAGGAACGCAUCGCCGCGCGAGAUCGUGAGUUGAUGCAGAUGCGUGGUAUGGACGAAGAUAGACGCCGGGACGAAGACGAUGACAGAGAGGCGCGCAAAGCCGAGCGCAAGGCUCGCGGCCGUGGCGAGGGCAAGGGCAAGAGAAAGAAGAAGGUUGCACAUGACGACUCGGCGACAGACGGUGGGCUGUCUGAUGAAGACGAGGACAGAUCGCGGUCUCGACGUCGCCGGACUAGUGCGUCCGGGACUGAAGGCCUCAGCGAUGAGGAGCGACCACGCGAGAAGAAGAAGAGGAAGCUUCAACGCAAGAGCGAACCUGCCGGCAAAUACAAGUCGGCCGAGUUCAUCGAUGACGACAGCGACGAUGCCAGAGCGCCCGCCGAUGAUGCGCAGAAGGCUGCAACUCCCGCUGGAGAUGACAGUGCUGCCGAGGGCGUUGCUACUACAUCACGAUCACGCAAAGGCCGCAACGUCGUCGACGAUGAAGACGACGAAGACGAAGGCACAACAGCACCCAAGGCGAAUGGCGACGUGGCCAUGUCCGACGACGAUGAGUAAGUCUCAGCUUCGAAAAGGGUGGACCGAAGCAAUGCAACGCAUCGGGCGUGAUGCAACGUUAGUUGCGACAAGGCUCGAUCAGGGCUAUUUGGGUUUGAGGGUGCUUUGCAGGAUUGGUCUUGAAAUGUCUGGGUCGUAUUCGCACUUCAUAUUUGUAUUGCUUGCAUUAGCUACGGCGUUACCUGGAGACUCGAAGAGGUCAAUUUGUAUACCAGAAAAGGGCCGAGUGCUGUCCACUAUCACCGCAACCUGAGCUGUAGACUACAACAAUGACGACGUGUUGUAACUUGCA